GUAGCGAUGCGACCCUGGCUGCGUUCCAAAAUUCACUGCCAAUACUGAAAAUCUAUAGUUUACGUGACGUACACUAUAGAUUUUCAGUACUGGCAGUGAAUUUUGGAACACAGCCCCUGAAAGACGCCUACUGAAACAAAAUUCAUUAAGCUAACUGGCCACUGUUGCAACGGGCCUUAAACUCGGAUUAACUCGAGUUGUGGAACCGGGCCUAGCUGAACUAGUGUAGCUGAACCAGUUCAGCUAAAAAGAACAAAUCUUAAUCCAUAUAUAUAUAUAUAUAUUUCUCAAAAAACAUGGAAUAUACGUUGGAGGACGCGUUUGAAACGUUAAAGGAUAAGAAAAUAGAACGAGAAAAAAAUUUAGAAGAUCUAAUAAACAAAAUAUCAAAUAAUGAGAUUUUUACUUUGAAAUCAUCAAAUGUGUCUUCAUUUGAUGAUGUGAAAUUGAAACAAGAAAAACUAUAUCAAAGCUUAUUGAAAGAAAUUCAACAAAUAGAACCUGAGGAUUAUCCAAUUCUGAGAACAUCUGACUUACGUGUAGAAGUAAUUACUGAAAUGGAAGAAGAGAUUUGUAACAUGCAAGAACUCCUCAAUAGUUUAAAAUGUGAUUUUUCUGAUAUUAAAGAAGAUAUCACAUAUUUGAAAAAUAAAAAAGAUGGACUGGAGAAAAUGAGAGGAGCUUAUUUGGAUAUGGCAGAGACUUUUGCAAAUGAGACCUAUGAAAAAGAACUUGUUAUAACUAAACGUAUAUUCCAAAAAGUGAAAAAUGAUUUAUACACUGUGGUUGAUACAAUUUUUCCUGAUAAUGAGGGCUUCAAAGAAUUAUUAGCAGCACUGACAUCUGCUUAUAUGAAAGGAGGAGAUGAUGUUUAUGUAGAUGUCAUACCAGAUGUGUUAUAUUAUGUAAAUUUUCUAAUAGAAAAUGACAUAGUACAAUAUCACCGUAACAAUAAAACUAGAAUUAGAAUGACUGAAUUAUUAUAAUACCAGUAAAAAUUUAUUAUAUUACA